UUAUUCCCCGUCUUGUCCGACUUCUCCCUGCCUCCACAGGCCAGAGGAGGCUGAGUUUAGGGAAAGUAUCGACGUUUAUGCUUGUCAAUCAUCAAGGAACCGUGGGGAGUGAAACUGGAGGGAAGGUCGACGACCGGGGAGGAUUUCCAGCUCAAAAAGCAUUCAGCGCUGAUGCGACCAUAAUGCUUUGGAUAAAGGACAAACUGUAUUUAUUUCCCAAGGAUAUUGUUUUCUUUUACUUUAAAAUAAGGAAAUAGAGCAAACCCUUCUCUACACCGAACUUGGAGAGUGUCACUCGCUGCCUCGUUGCAUUUCAGUUUGAAAGAAAAAAAAAAACGAAACCAGCGGAUUAUUUACACCAGCAAAGUGUGCAAACUUAAAGGGGAUUCAACUCUAGACGGAUAUUGUUGUGUUUAAAUUCAUUCUGUUUGAGUUCUCCCGCCAGAGGAGAGGAUUUAAUCCAGAAGAGUCUAUAGGAGCCGCUUCGCUGCGUGGAAGCUCUUCCCGUGUGGACGUGCGGGAAACCAGGAGUGACGGUGGAAAGUCGAAACUUAAGACGCAUCUUUUCACGAAAGGCUACAAGAAAAUGAGCGGAGGAGAUGUGGUGUGUUCGGGGUGGCUCAGAAAGUCUCCACCUGAAAAAAAGUUACGGCGUUAUGCAUGGAAGAAGCGAUGGUUUGUCCUGCGCAGUGGGAGGCUCACAGGAGAUCCAGAUGUGCUGGAAUACUACAAGAAUGACCAUGCCAAGAAGCCCAUCCGCGUGAUUGAUCUGAACCUGUGCGAGCAGGUUGACGCCGGUCUCACAUUCAACAAGAAGGACCUGGAGCACAGCUUCAUCUUUGACAUCAAGACUAUCGACCGGAUAUUUUACCUGGUGGCUGACACUGAAGAGGAGAUGAACAAGUGGGUACGCUGCAUCUGUGACAUCUGUGGCUUCAACCCCACCGAUACGGAAGACUCAGCGAAGGUCUCACACCAAGUAAAUGUGGCAGGGGGUCUAGUGGUGGAUGUGGCCCCAAAUGCAGGGUUGGGAGGAGUUUUGGGAGCUUCUGCACUAGUCAACUUGCCCCCACCCUACCAUCCUGUGAGUGUCAAACACCUAGACUCCUCCAGUCUGGAUGAGCCUCAGGACUACCUUUGGUUGGUCAACUGUGAGAGCAAGAAACCUGAGCCAAACAGGGCCCAUGGUGACUGCUCCAAGUCUACCUCUUCCGAGCCUGACUGUAAUGACAACCUCCCUUCCCACUGCACACCCACCUCUGCCUCCUCCAAACACGCCUCUGUAAAUGGAUUCUUUUCUUCCCAGCAUACUGCUGGGCUCUAUGACUCCCCUCCUUCACGUGGACAGUCUUUUUCGGCCGAUUCACAAGGCCUUUACCACCUGCCCCGAAGUUACUCUCAGGACACUGUACUGCUGCCGAAGUUGGCAUCCUCCCCCUCUGCACCUGACAGUGAGCCUGGUGAUUUCUACGUCUUUAACACACCUGCUCGCAAAACCUCUAUAGAGGCCCAGUUCAGGAUCAUGUCUGUUGGCUAUGACAUCCCACCCACACCCGGUAGCAAUUGCACCUACCAGGUUCCCCGUACAGCUGGGGUGGAGCCUGUUUCUGGGGCCACUGAUGUGGUACCGCCUCCCCGUCCACCAAAGCCUUUACUGACCACAGGAUCAGCCCCACCUGAACGGUCACCAACGAACACUUAUGUGGUACCACGGUCAGUGUCUGAGACUGAUGGGAACUACUGUGUGCCAUCUAGUGCAGGAGGGAACAAAGCACUGAGGAGCAACACAAUUGGCACAGUAGAUUCAUCGCAACUUCACAAAGAUUAUGGAUCUCAAGACUGCUAUGAUAUACCACGGCCUUUUCCCUCAGACAAAAAUUGCUCAUUUGAUUUUAAUGAAAGCUUCAGCAGCUAUUUUAAGAAUAAAGGUAUGAUGCCAGUAGGAAAUGUGUCCACUGAGGAGAUGGAUGAGAAUUAUGUGCCCAUGAGUGUCCACUCUUCUUCACAUCACCGCUCUGGCAGCCUCUCUGAGCCCAUCCAGGAGCCCAACUAUGUGCCCAUGACACCAGGCUCUGUAGAGUUCUCCUCUCUCGGAAAACAGGUGCCCCCUCCAGCCCACAUGGGCUUCCGCUCCAGCCCCAAGACCCCGCCACGUAGACCAAUGCACAUAACUGAAUGCCAACCGCCACCCGUAGACCGAAACCUGAAACCUGACCGUAAAGGUCAGAGCCCUAAAAUAAACAGAGCUGUCGGUCUUGAGCGAACCGACUCCCAAACCAUAGGUGAAUUCUCAAGACGACGUAAGGUUAAACCAGCCCCUUUGGAAAUCAAGCCCUUACCUGAGUUGGAUGAGUUUCAGGCACCAGUCCGUUCUCCUGUAACCAGGACCUUCGCCAGAGACCCUUCUAGGUAUGCCACACCUCCCAGACCGCCCUCGGUGCAUAGCACUGCCUCCAGCACAGACUCUGAGGAAUGUGAUGAGCAUUACGUACCCAUGCAACACCCUAUUAUGUCUACAGAUGAACCAAACAUGAAGCUAGGUGCACCGAUGAAUGCUGAAGGAGGUGGCAGUCCCAUAGUGAAGCCCAAAGGAGACAAGCAGGUGGAGUAUCUGGAUCUAGAUUUGGACCCUGGGAAGUCAUCAACUCCUCCUCGGAAGGUAAUAAAUAAGAAGAGUAAUGGGACUGGUGUUUCAACGUCAGAUGAGCGAGUUGACUAUGUGGUGGUGGAUCAGCAUCGAACGCAAGCUCUGAAGAGCACACGUGAGGCCUGGAGUGAUGGACGGCAGUCGACAGAGACAGACACCACAACCAAAGGGGCCAAAUGACACCCAUCUCUUUCGUCCUCUCUGCUUGAUCAGGACUCUCGGUAGGCUGAGGAGUAGAGGACACUGCACACAGUCGGAACCUCCAGCCUCCUCUUUUGUGCCUCCAGGUUUGAUUUUAGAUACAGCUGUGUGGCAGCGCCUAGGUUACAGCUCCCAGAUCAGCUUGUUUACAAUGCUUCCUGCUAGAUGACAGCACCCAUGCAGGGGAGAGCUGAUCUGAGGUAACCUCAUGUAUAAGCUGACAGUAGGAUGGACUGUACUCUGCACAGUAGUUGAAGGAUUGCCGAGCCUUGAAAAUGAAAACUAUGCUUACAGAGCAGCAUUAGUCAUACAAUACGAAUACACACUUUCCCCUCCCCCCCACACACACUCAGACUUUGGAUGUCUUUUCCCUCCAUUGUGGUGUUUAAGCACAAUAUUCCAUGAACUUGGGGUGCGUCAGGUCUGUAUUUGGCUGUUUGACUGAUCCUCAAGGUUAUUUUUAUUUAAGAUGUUAACAAAACUGCCAUGGUGAAUAGUUUUUAAGAGCCUUAGGGGCCGUUCACACAAAACACGUUUAUACAUUCGUCUGCGCUGUUUUUUUUUGUUUUGUUUUUUCAUGUAAACGCAUUUGAUGGGCGUUGGAACAUUGCGCAGCGUCUCGUGCAGGAUUGCUGCUUUUUAAGAAGGCUUCGUUGCGCUUCUACUAAGAUGAAUGUGUUUGUUUUAAAUUUUAUUUGCAUUUAAGACAGCAGACAGACUGUAUAAAGUGUUAUGUACAUGAAAAAGUGUCCUUUAUUUGUAUCUGAUAUCUUGUAUGUUAAGGCUAAGGUGUGGAUUCUGCAGGAUAGAAGUCUACACUGUCUAAGAAGGUAUCAGAAACUAUGAAAUGUUAAUGUUGGAAUCAGGAACUGUGAUUAGAUUUAAAAGAGAAGAUAAGUUCUCUUGUUUUUUGUUGUUGUUUUUUUUGUUUCUUCAAUGCAAGGUAUCCACUUACAAAAGGUACUCACUGAAAGGUUUAACUCAAAUUCCUUUAUUUUAUUUUGCAGCUAUGGAUAAUAUCUUUAGUGUUGCAGUUCACAUGUUCUCAUAGAAACCUUUUGAAAACGCUUACGAUGCAAGAUUUUAUAGGCUUUAUAAGAUGCCUUCACAGAGGGGGGAAUAGCCGGUAAAGUAGUUUAGGGAAUUUUAUUUUUAUUCUGAAUUCUCUGUGUGACUGGUGCAUCAGUACAUCUUAUUGCCACUUUGAUAAUUUAUUGCAGAUGGAGUUCCACAGCCCUUUGAGACUAAUUGCCUUACCAUUGCAACUCUUUUUGAAUGUUGUAAAUAUGAUCUGUUCAGUAAUUUUUAGCUCAUGUCAGAAUACAUCAGAUUACUCUGUGUGUAAAAAAAUAAAUAAAAAAUAAAUAAAUAGCUCUACUAACUACCAUUCUUAAACCAAGAAGACACAGUUAAUGUGUCACGACACCUUUGGUGGCUUUAGCUGUAUAUAUCAAUACAGACUUUUCAAGCAUGUCCUCUUGAUUCAAAGCUGUGCCUCUAUUGUUUCCCUGCUACUCCAUUUUUUUUCUUUUAUGAGUCCCCAGACCCUGAUGCUUUAUAUCUUUUUUUAAUGAAUCCAAAAUAAAUGUACAUUUUAAAAUAAACGAUAAAAAAAAAAGAA